GUGAUAUGAUGCGUACCGCGCUGAGUAUGGAUGGUGACCUUGUCAGCUUGUUUUGGCGGUCGAUUUUCUGAGAAGUUUGUUUCGAAUUUUGUUGAACGCACCUGAACUUAAUUACUAUUCGUCAGAUGGAUGAAUCAGAUGUAAUGUCAUAGUAAAAAUAUAGAACUGACAUAUUUAAAUGAUUCAGAACAUGUAGCAUGUUUAAUAGACUUGCAAUACUGAUCUAUGCACAUCUGACAGUGUCCUUUAUUCUUUACUGAUAACUUGUAUAUAUGUAUUUAUCAUCAAACCACGAAAUGCUCACUUUUCAAAGUCAAUUGCAUUUACUUUUUUUAUUGUCAACCUUUUUUGCAAUCUCUUCAUCUAAUCCAAACAAUCAUACUAUGAAUUCCUUAGUUAUGAAAAAAAUUUUUUCACCAUUAGAUCACUUAAUUGAAUACAUACACAAUAAUUCAGAAGUAUACAACUGUGAUUUUAAUCAUCUACAAUUCUGUCUAUUUGAGCACUCAUCAGACUGGAGUUUUCAAUUGAGUGUAACUGAAUUCGCUGUGCAAAUGAAAGCAGCAGCUGAAGCUGCUGCAAAAAAUGUUCAAAAUUUUGAACUAAGCAAAACAGGAAACAAUAAAAAUGAAAGUGAUGUUGAAAUAAAUCAGAUUGAAAUACCAUCAACUUCUUAUGUUCAAUUUCCUCCUGUAAUUAUUCCAAAAAUCAAUUAUUUCCCAUGCUCUACUAAUCAAAAUCAAAAUUCCUACAUGAAAUUAAAUAUUCAUUGGCCUAAAUACUUUAUCACACAGAAACUUGUUGCACCGGAAGAUGUAACAAGUACAAGUUUAUCAUCUGAUUCUAUAUCUACUGUAUCAUUACUUUUGUCAUCUUCUGAAAGAUCAACAACAAGAACAACAUCUAAGUACCAAAUAAAGAAGCAACAGUCUACUAACAGAUUAUUUCAAGAAGGUGAAAAUGUUGACCAAUUGUCUUUAUAUACAUUUUAUGAAUCAAUUCCAGUAGGUUGUUUACAAUUGAAAAUACAAUUUUUGUCUAGUACACUGGAGAGUAAAAUUGUGUUCAGUUUAGGAUCAAAUAAACAAACUAUUCGAUCCUUAUUCAACAUUGAUAAUAACUCAGGCUAUGAAUACAAUCCAAACUAUGAUAUUGAUCAAAAUGAAGAUCUCGAUGAGUCAUCAUCAUCAGUAGUUUACACUUCAUCCAUUUCAAGAACUUUGUCCAGAUUAGAUUGGUCUAUAUUCAGAGAACAGAUGCCAGAUUUAGAAAAUAAUAGUUUACCAUACAAUGUAUGGAUUAAUGCAACAUUACCUAUAUAUGCUACUAAUAAAUACAAUGAAAGUAGUAAAUACAAACAGUAUAUAAAUAGUAGUGAAAAGUUCACAAGAUUUACUGAAAAUUUUAUUGACCAAUCAGAUGAAUGGAUAGCUGUGGAUACAAAUCAGUCUUUAUUUCUCAUUACUACUAACAAUGUAUGCAUUGAUGAUAUAUAUUUGUUUACUAGUAAAGAUCGUGACUUAUUAAAAUCGACAUGUCAACGUAAACUAACUUGGAUUAGUGAAAAAAUGAAUAAUUCUGUACAAAUUAUUCGCCUUAAUUCAUUUGGUUAUCCUAUAUUGAAUAUGACUAGUGUUCGAAGACGAUCGAAUGUUACUAGUAAUAUCAUCAUCCAAUCAUUCAAAUCAAUGACAUCUAACAGAUAUUCAUUAUAUAACGGGUUUCAUAUCCUAUGGAUUGCUGGUUCACUAAUAUUAGCAUUAUUCAUUACAUUUCUUGCUAUACUAUUCAUUAUUACAUUCAGUUUAUCGAUAAUGUGUAGUCAGCGUAAAGUUUUAUUGAAUUCUUCUGUAGCUACUAUGAACGAUAUAAGUAGUCGAAAUAAAAAUAGUCAAAAUCUUCAUCCAUUUAUAAAGCAUAAAAAGAAACAAUUACAACAUGAACAUAGAAAUAAUCAUCGACAAGUGUACUUAAAUUGCCAUCAUUAUCAAGAUAAGUCUAAAGAUGAUUUCGCUAAAAUUUUGCCAGAAGAUCCAAUCAAUUCAUUGCUCAAUGGCUUACCGAAUCAUUUGUCUUCAUCUUCACUUCAUGGUUUGUUGUAUAAUCAAUCUGGAAGUCAAAAGCAACAACAGCGAAACUCUCAGCAAGCUGUAACUGCACAUCAACAAUCGUUUAUCGACGACAAUUCCACUGAACUCAGUUUAUAUAUGCAGGAUGAUCAAAAUGAACUAGCUAAUUAACUCUACAACUUUCAAAUUGAUAACCGAAUCCUUACUUAUCCAAUCAACAUAGAACGCAUGCAAUUGAAAUGACACAAUACCUGUUCCAGAUACAUGAAAAUUUGUACUAUCCAUAUUACAAAGGUAGAGAGAAAAAAUCCGAACUAAUAUAAGCCAUCUCAAAGUUGGAGAGUUAUCAUAAUAUGAAUACGGACAACAAACAAAUUGUAUCCAAAACGUUGUUCAGCAAAUAAUGCUGAUUCAGAAUAUGUUGACUUUGGUUAAUUUUUGUCUUCACUUUCAGACAAUAAACGGACUGAAUGUUGAUGGUGCUGAUGCCUCCGCAACAAGUGCAAUACAGCUAUUACGUAAUUGGAAAUUUUAUAAGCAACGUGGCACAUCAUCGUGCUGUUACUCACCUACCCCCAGUGGCAUCGGUGUCAACACUGUUGUUAACCAUUCUGGUAUUAUGAAACCGAACAACUCAAAUGCAUCGAUGUUAUUAUACAUGGAGCGUCGUCCAUUGUUUAACGGAGAUUGUAUCGUUACUGCUGAUGCUGUUAUAAAUGAUGAUUUAGAAGAGAAUGUAAUGUAUCGAUGUCAAUCAAGAGUUGGUUCGCCUUGUCCAACUUCUGUGCCUGAAGUUCGCCAGUCAUUAAUUUUAUCAGUUAACGCGGAUAAUGAAUUGAUUAUAUUACCUUCCUAUGCUGCUGUCAAUGAAAAAAAUAUAAACAGUACUUGUCAUGAUCGAAAAGAGGACAGACGAAAUCGUUUAUUGCCUAACAAUACUACUGAUAAUAAUAAUCAUGAAAAUGUCCACGGUGUAUUGAAUAGUCUAUCUGAAGAAGACGCUGAGGCAACACGCCUUGAAAUGGCAGCUUCAGUUGGUGCACUAGACCAGUAUUUAAAUGAUGACCGAACGUUGGAUGGUAUUAAUGGUCUGGAUUAUACUCUGUCAACUGUACCACGUUCACUCAUAGAAAGUGAACCACCACCAAGUUACAGUGAUUCAUCACCUUAACUCUAACAAACGUGUUAGGCAAUUCUUCUAUUUGAGCAUUUCAUUGUCUUAUAUUCUCUUAUUAAUUAACGUUUAUUUCAUCUUCUACGCCAUUGAAUACUACAUUUAUUAUUUUAGCCGUUAUGUUUUAAACAAACAAAAUAGUAAUGGUGUAUUGAAUAAUUUAUUAGUUCACAGUUACACAGACAAUGAUUGAACAGUAUUUCCUUUUUCAAAUUAUUUAUACACCUGAUCAUUCUACUCGCAGGAUCUUGCCUUGUACUCUCACUCACUUAAUCACUUGGUCUUCAACUGAUCAAUUCUUGUUGUUCAGUACCAUUGAAACUGUUAGUGAUGUAAAAAUACAACCAAACUCACCAGGUAUACUAGGAUUUUUUUUUCUCACACAGUUAAUUAUCUGUUUGUAUUCAUUAUUCGAAAUGUAAGUAAGCUUUUCUCUCCUUGCUUUUUCUAAUAUAUGUACUUAGGAUUUUUAAUAUGACAGCUACAAGAUUAUAUACAACAUGCCUACUCCUUCAGCAUACUUUUUGGAUUCUUUGCAUUUAGCUUUGAAGAAAAAAGUGUGCUGGUUACAGUGUGUCUUUUCCCUGUUCUUAAUUCACUCACUCACUCGGUUUAUGCCUUUCAAAAAUACGAUUAGUAAUGAUUUUUUUAUUUUAAUUUAUUACUCAAUAGGCAAAUUGAAACUGUUGUAUUGUAUGCACAUAUUACGUCUUGGCUUUUUUUCUUCAGACCUAUCGGUGUUAUUUCUGUUAUUCACCUUCUAUAGUUUCCAUACAUUUCUGCACCAUUCAUCUUUUCUUUGUAAUAAUAGUUGAAAGAAGCAUUAUUUGUUAAAAGGAUUUAUUGUUUCAGUGUAUAGAUAAUUUAGUGUUCGGUACUUGAGUAGUACUCAUUUCGCUUUCAUCCCUUUCUUUGAAAAGUUCUUUUUUUUACAAUCACGGGUGAUACUUUUCAUAUAAAUUCAUAAAUUUAUUAAAUAUGAGUAAAUGAAAAGAAAUUAUUCGUUAUUC